AUGCUAUCCACCUCAUCCCAUCCCAUCCACGUCAUCCCAUCCCAUCCACCUCAUCCCAUCCUAUCCACGUCAUCCCAUCCUAUCCACCUCACCCCAUCCCAUCCACCUCAUCCCAUCCCAUCCACGUCAUCCCAUCCUAUACACGUCAUCCCAUCCAAUCCACGUCAUCCCAUCCUAUCCACCUCAUCCCAUCCUAUCCACCUCAUCCCAUCCCAUCCACGUCAUCCCAUCCUAUCCACCUCAUCCCAUCCCAUCCACGUCAUCCUAUCCUAUCCACCUCACCCCAUCCCAUCCACCUCAUCCCAUCCCAUCCACGUCAUCCCAUCCCAUCCACGUCAUCCUAUCCAAUCCACCUCAUCCCAUCCCAUCCACCUCAUCCCAUCCCAUCCACCUCAUCCCAUCCCAUCCACGCCAUCCCAUCCCAUCCACCUCAUCCCAUCCCAUCCACGUCAUCCCAUCCUAUCCACCUCAUCCCAUCCUAUCCACCUCAUCCCAUCCUAUCCACCUCAUCCCAUCCCAUCCACGUCAUCCCAUCCUAUCAACCUCAUCCCAUCCCAUCCAAGUCAUCCCAUCCCGUCCACCUCAUCCCUUCCCAUCGACCUCAUCCCAUCCCAUCCACGUCAUCCCAUCCCAUCCACGUCAUCCCAUCCUAUCCACCUCAUCCCAUCCCAUCCACCUCAUCCCAUCCCAUCCACCUCAUCCCAUCCCAUCCACGUCAUCCCAUCCUAUCCACGUCAUCCCAUCCCGCCAACGUCAUCCCAUCCCAUCCACGUCAUCACAUCCUACCCACCUCAUCCCAUCCCUUCCACGUCAUCCCAUCCCUUCCACGUCAUCCAAUCUUAUCCACACCCCUCUGGUGUCGGCGGCAGCAACAGACGUGCAGCUGAUAGUGGGGGUGCGCGGCCGUACUUCAUGCGCACCAUUCCCAACGAUGGGGCUGACAUGCACGCCAUAGCCGCGCUGCUGCUGCGCUACAAGUGGAGGCAGGUCGUGGCAGUGUACACAGACAACCACUUCGGCCGCAACGGCAUCACCGCACUCGUGACCUACUUGCUCGCAGACAAGGCGUUGGAUGUGCACAUUGUCCAGAGGGUGCCUGUCAAGUCCACGUGGACAGCUGAUGACGUGGCACAAGCCCUGGCUGCCAGCAAGGCAGUGGACUCCUCCGUCUACGUGUUGCACGCGUCCUCUACCAUGUCUGCUCUCAUACUCGAUACAGCGAGCAAGGUGGGCAUGAUGGGGAAGAACUACGUGUGGAUCACAUCUGAGGGGGCUGCCCAGGCCAACACGUCCACACUGCAGAGUAGAGAGGGUUUGAUCACCACUCUCCUAUCUACUUCACUUCUCUCCUCAUUGCUUGUCCAUCCUUCGUCCUUCUCCCCCACUUCUUAUCCCUCCCACCCCUCUCUUCCCCAAGGUCUGAUAAUUAAAACCUCGUAUCUGCGUCCGUCGCAGUGCCUGGCGGCCUUCAAGCAGCGGUGGAGGCAGGUGAGCGUGCAGCAGUUCCCAGAGGCGGCGGAGGAGGGCCCCAAGACGUACAGCCUCGCAGCGGUGUCCCUCACGCGGCAUGGUGAUGUGCAAGCUGAUGCAACGGAGGUGCUCAACGUGGUCAACCCCACCGCCAUCAGGCGGCCCUCCAAGGACCAGCAAGAGACACUCAACAUAGUCUUUCCGGGUGGGAUGGUGCAAGUGAAUCGAUCUGCAGUUUGUUUGUCAACAUCGCAAGAGGAGAGGGCAAUGACCAGAUACCCCAUCCAUCUCGCUUCCCCCUUCCCUCUCCCCUUGUUUCGCAUCUACAGCAGGUUGUCAACAUCAUCCAGUGGUCCUGCCACGGGCAACGGCCGCUACUCUGGCCAUUGCAUCGACCUCUUCCAUGCUCCUGCCUACCAACAGUUUGUCAAUGUCUCAAGAGGGGAGGGCAACGGCCGCUUCUCUGGUUGCUGCAUCGACCUCUUCCGAGCAGCUGCAGCCAUGUUGCCGUACGCACUCCACUAUGAGUUUGUGCUCUACGGGGAGGAUAACCUCACCGAAAUGGUGUACGACGGGGUCAUUGGAGACAUCACAGUCAUGGAGACACGCAACACAGCAGUCUUCUUCACGUAUCCCAUCUUUGUAAGCCGUCUUACCAUUCGAUCACCAUCAGGCCUGGGAGUCAUGGGGUACGCAGUGGAGAAUGCGAGUCCCUGGCUGGCGUUCCAGCCAUUCACAGUGGGCAUGUGGAGUGUCACACUGGCGUUGUGCAUGGUGGCGGGGCUCAUCACCUCGUUCCUCGAGCACCAGUCCAACCAGGCCUUUCGAGGAAAGCUGCACCGCCGCUUGCAGAAUGCCGCAUGGUUCGACUUGCAGAACCUUUACUCCAUCAUGGGUGAGUGGGUGCCUCCAUUGGUGGGUGCAUCUAUUGGUGAGUGCCUCUAUUGGUGGGUGCCUCUAUUGGUGGGUGCCUCUAUUGGUGGGAGCCGCAAUUAG